AUGUCUAUCACGAGGAAUUCCUCACAAGCAGAUACCUCAACUUACCUAAGUACAGGCUCGACAAACAAAAAAUCGGUGUCCCACUUCACUCUACAGUUGCAGCAAAAAAGGCAUGACAUAAUCAAUGAAGGUUCUGAUUAUUCGACAGCAAUCAUAAUCGGGGCAGCAAUAGUGAUUUUCAUUCUCGCUGUUAUUAUUGCAUUCUUCAUCAUGUGGAUGCAGAGAAAAAACCAUAGGAGAAAGUUGUUGUUGGCAGCUGAACUAGAGAAAGAGGAGGAGGAGAGAAGAAAAGGACGGCUUGCAAGAAGAAAGCUCAAACCAAAGAAAACGCCAAGAAAGAAGAAGAAAAAGGGCACUUCAGAACUAAGAAAAUCUAGUAAGCCAAAAACCAGAGAGGAGAUGAUGAUAGAGCUCUCGAACUUUUUGGAAACGCACUCAAAGGAUUAUUAUACUAAAAAGGAGCCGACUGUGGGAUCUGCUGAACCAACUCCUUCAGCGACACCAACCGCAACUCCGGGACUGUUGAGCAGUGAGGCGGACGUCUCUUUUGCAGUAGACUUACGUUUGCCAAACCGGUCAUCGGAAGGUACAGAAUAUCUUCGGAAUUCCGAGCAGCAAUCCACGCCCGAGGUGUAUGAAAAGGAAGUAGUCUAUCGUACGCUUUCGACUGAAUGGGGUGGGAAAAGGGGAAAGAAGUCGGAAGCACCAUCAACUCCUGCGACACCUAGCAGUAAAUCUGCCUCGGCAUUUCGUGCGACACCUAGCAGUAACUCUGCUUCGGCAUCCCCAAAUGUCAUUAACGGUUCAAGACAAUCCACACCUACCGCGAUCGAACAUAAGGAGUCAAAAGAAAACAAAUCUCGCGAGCUAAGGUCUUGGGAUUUGGAAAGCGCAGAAAAAGAAGGAUACUCAGAAGAUAGAGGUUUAGAGCCGUGGGAGGCAGAAAAGCAGCCUUCAGAGAAAGCUGAGAAAGAAGAUGAGGGUUUGCAUAAAUCUUCGCAAGAGAAUGUAGCUUCCAAAAAGCCAGCAGAAUGA